CAACAAUAGUGGAGGGGUUGGCAGCAAAACGCCGUCGUAUAUGUUUUCAUCCCCAUUUCUCUACAGCCGCCGCUUCUGCUACUUCUCGAAGUUUCGUCGUUUCUUUCCGCAGUAUAGAUAGGUGUGAUUGAGAAUCGAAAUUGGGUUGAAGUAGGAAAAAUGGGGAGUGCAGGGAGAGAACUCACAAUUUCUCUGGAUGGUGUGAGGGACAAGAAUUUGAUGCAGCUGAAAAAGCUCAACAUCGCGCUGUUUCCAGUUCGCUACAACGAUAAAUACUACACAGAUGCUCUCGCCUCCGGUGAAUUUACUAAAUUAGCCUAUUAUUGUGACAUUUGUGUCGGGUCUAUCGCCUGCCGUCUUGAGAAGAAGGAAAAUGGCGGUGUUCGUGUAUACAUAAUGACAUUGGGUGUUUUGGCUCCAUAUCGCGGGUUAGGCAUUGGUACAAAACUGUUGAAUCAUAUUCUUGAUCUCUGCACAAAGCAGAACAUUGGUGAGGUCUACUUACAUGUGCAGACAAACAACGAUGAUGCCAUCAAGUUCUACAAGAAAUUCGGGUUUGAAAUCACAGACACUAUCCACAACUAUUACACAAACAUCACGCCACCAGAUUGCUUCGUCGUCACAAAGUUCAUCACUGAGCACCAGUCGGCGAAAUGAUACACUUGAAGAGAGUUUCUUGAACACUCAGUGUUGCUAUCAGGAAACAUUUUAAACCAGUUUUGGGAUCUGGAGAGUGUUGAGUUCAAUCAUUCAUUGUUCGUCGGUAAAAUUACCAAAGUGAGUCAAGAUUUCUUUUUCUGGAAUGUGUCAAGAUCUAUUAUUUCAUUGUACAAGAAAAAAAAGUGGGUGUUGGAUUUA